CCUUCUCCUCACAGCAUCUCGACCGCCCCCAGCUCCGGCAGACCCACCGCCGGCACCACCGCCGAGAUCGAAUCCGGAGCCGUCGAGAUAUCCGACCACCUGGCGCGCUUCUCGUCGACUCUGUCCUCACAUCUGCGCCCGACAUCGGCUGGCGUCCCUCGGCUAUCCGUCGCUCGCUAUUCGCAGCUGUACCAGCGCUGCCAGGGGAGCCCUCGCGGUGCGCAUUUCGUGGUGCACCAGCAUGACCAUCCUGUGGCUGGUCCGCACUACGAUUUGCGGCUUCAGAUCAAUGAGACGAGCAGCGUCAGCUGGGCCAUCAUGUACGGCCUUCCCGGCGAUGCCAACAGCAGCCGCCUGAGCCGCAAUGCCACCGAGACUCCGAGCACGCAGAAUCACCUUGUCGAAACCGCGUCUCCAGAGACGGGCUCCCUCCUCAUCUGGGACACGGGCACAUACUCGAUUCUCCCGCGCCUCAGCAAGCAUGAACGCGCCCCUCCACGCGGCCCGUCCUCACCGCCAGCCUCUCACCAAUCUCCAUCUCCAUCUGCAUCUGCAUCUCCUCCCCAGGCGGCCCAAUCUCUGCUUCACGCAGCCUUUCAGGACCGUAAGAUCCGGCUGCGUCUCCACGGAGCAAAACUCCCCGAUCCCUACGUCAUCAAUCUGCGCUUGACCAAGUCGGAAGAUGCUGCAGGGCGGUCUAGGGGCCUGCAAAGACGGGCUACAGGUACUCGUAGGCGUCGAGGGAGGACGAUACGGGUCCAGCCCCAAGAGCGGGAAACUAGCCCUUCUUCUUCCAGCAGUGAGGCGUGUGAUGACGGCCAUGACUUGGAUGAAGGAGAGCCCCAAAAUGAAGCCACUGACGACCCCCCUCUGAGCGAACAGCAAGACGCACAAGUCCGCCUCACAAACGCCUAUCACGGAGCCGAAAACACCAUCGGCAGCAUAUAUCAGCGAAGGUGGUACCUCUCGUUGGAUCGUCGCGCAUGCGGCUUCAUAGAAAAACGGCGUCGUGGCCGCAGCAGCUUGUGGGAGCUUCCUCCAGCAGAGUCACCACCCACCGCAGACGACCCUUCAGGCUCGGAACCAGGACCUUCGCAGCUCUCAUUCCCGUUUUACGUCCGCGGACCGCAGUUUGAACAGAGCGUGGUGACGGGGAGGCGAGGAGAAGACAUUCUGCGGGAUGAAGGCGUAACUACCUUUGUCCCGAGGAAAGGGUGGACACCAGUGAUGAAGUGA